CGCGUUGUACUCGGAUGCGUGGAUGCGUCGCGACGCCAGUUCCUCAACACACGCCGCUCCUACACACACGCCUUCCUCAUCGAACAGAAAAAAAAAAUAGAAGAAGGAUUCAAAAAAACACACCUUAGAACAUUUCGUAACAAACCGAGAAAAAAAAAGACAUUCUUCGGCAAAUCUUCGCGAGGAGAAAGUUGUUGUUGUUAACCCAAAUAUUGCAGUGCAAGUGCGGAUCUUCUCUCUCUCUCUUUUUUUUUUUCGCCGUAAUUUUCCGUCUUUUGAUUUGCCGAUCUUUGAUCCUCGUUACGAAACAUGGCUGAAGGACCGUGGAGAUCACAGGCACCGCCGCCACCACCUCUAACCGGAAAUAUUCCAUCGCAAAGGCUCAAGUCAGAAAUUGGAGACAGAAGGGCAGAGCCUCCACUUUGUGUGCAGAACGCGAUGAUGACGAAAGAUAAGAAACCCUUUACCUAUACUCCCGGAGGUCUGAAUCUGGCUGAAAUUAAAUCGCCGAGCAUGGCCAGGAGGAUAGAGAGAAACGCCAACGCUCCUGGCGUUUCCGAUAAGCCCAAAUACCCUAAUCCUAAUCAUCCCUGUGGUCCUUUACCGCCCUCCGCAUUGGCCGCAAUGCAACCUGCGAUGCCUACUCAGGUAUUCCCGAGCGGAGCACCACCUCCACCACCCCCGAUGGCCAAUCCUCCUCCUCCACCACCACCGAUGCAAGCUCUCCCAACCACCAAAGUUGCAACCAAUGAUGGUGUCUUCGAGAGGCCAGACAUGACGAGAAUAAUCCCGGAGAAUCCGAUGGCUCUUUUGAAGAGAACACCUCGGGUCGAGAGGAAAUCCUUUGUCGACCAAAUGAACGAUUUCGAUUCGUCAAACGUCAUCCAAAGCAACGGGGCUACAAACAAUCAGCCUCAGCAAAGGCAAGAGUCUCCUCAGUAUACCCAGGAUACUGCUCUAAGGGCACCGCAGUAUAGCCCACAGUAUACUCAACAGAGUCCCCAAUACACCCAGCAAAGUCCUCAAUUCACCCAACAAAGUCCCCAAUACAACCAACAAAGUCCCCAGUAUACCCAGCAAAGUCCUCAAUAUACCCAGCAAAGUCCUCAAUUUAUGCAACAAAGUCCCCAAUACAACCAACAAAGUCCCCAAUACAAUCAACAAAGUCCUCAAUACACCCAGCAAAGUCCUCAAUUCAUGCAACAGAGUCCCCAAUACAACCAACAAAGUCCUCAAUAUACUCAGCAAAGUCCCCAGUAUAUUCAGCAAAGUCCGCAAUAUAAUCCGCAACCCAAGUUCCCACCACAAGCUCAAUUCAACGCGCAGCCUCAGCCGUAUCAGAAUAAUAGACCGCAAAUGGUGCAAGAAGCGAAGCAACCUUCGCCACCUCCUGUCCAACAAAAGACAUCCAACGCUAAUUUGGGAUCACUCUACAUCCCUCCCAUUGCGCAGCAGCAACAACAACAAUCUUCGCCGAGUCCGCAAUCUCCACCGAUGCCCAAGUUGAACGCCGCACCGAAACCCUGGCAAAACCAGAAGAAGCAGGAACAAGAUGUUCCUGCUUGGGCUCAGAGACGUGACAGCCCACCGAAAAUUCAACAACAACAGCAGCAACAGCAGCAGCAGCAGCAACAACAACAACCUCCGCAAGGAGCGCGUAUCGUUGUGCAACCAAGAUUGGUACAGCAGCCUUUGCAGCAACCACCACCUCCAAGGGAUGGCGUAGAAGUCGUUUGGGUUACGCAACCGGAAGUUUAUCAGCAUCCUGGUGGUCCGGCGCCUCCGCAGCUGUACAGCCAGAAGUCACCUCCUGUACAACAACAAGUUAGAACUCCUCCAGUCCAACAACAGCAGCAAGUCAGAACUUCUCCAGUUCAACAGCAGCAGCAACAAGGAAGAAUUAUACCAAUUCAGAUUGAGGGCGGUAACCAGAACAAUCAGCCACAGACACCUAACAACGAUAGGAAUCUGAACCGUCAACAAAGCUGGACACCGACUCAAUCGAAUUCGUUCAAAGCUCUGCAAAAGAUGACUCGCACCGAUGGGGAUGAUGUGGGCGACGGCGUGGAACAUGGGCCCAGAACCGCUCAGCAGUAUCCUGCUGAGCAGAUGAGGAAGAUGCAAUUGAACGAUGGUGACAAGGAGUUCAUGAACAGGGUUAAGCAAGGUGGGGAAUCUUUGCGAAACGAAGAGGAUCCGAGGUACAUGGGACCCGCAAUACCCUCCAAGGCGUUUCGCCUUCUCCAAGCCAUGACCCAAGAGAACCCUCAAGAGAAUAACAACGAUGUUCCUCAAGGAUCCGAUCAGGGACCUAAAGUUAGGAGAAUCCCGGUUCAAGUUGAAAAUUAUGAGGCACCUCAACCGUAUGUUCAUCCAAGUGAACAGACCGUGCCGGAACCUAAGAAGUACACUGGAAGCGCUAUUCCUAGCAGGGCUUUCCGGAUGGUACAAGCUAUGACUGAUUUGGUUUUAAGUGAAAAGCCCUAUCGAUUACUUUACUUCUUUUCUGUCAAUAUUUUUUGUAACAUUUUUGUAAGUAGGUUUCGUUUUGUUGUAGCGGACGACGAGAGUUGUAGCGAAAAUUACGAAAGGCCCCAGCAAUGGGGCUCAUGUUACGAUUAUCCUCCUUACUAUCCUUAUCCUCCACCUCCGCCACCUCCUCAGUACUAUCCUCAAGAAAAUCCUUAUUACCACUCGCAAAGUGACUCGGAAUCCGAGCGGCAAGUCUGCACGAGUUGCCGGAAAACUCCAGUACCCUUCUGGGGCUAUUAUCCACCAUAUUACCAAAACGGUUACGAAACAGGAACAGAUUCGGAAUGCGAAGAAUCGCAACCUUCCAAACAAUACUAUAAUUAUUGGGAUCCAUACUACUAUUCAUACUGGUAUCCUCAGAUGUAUUACCCAUAUCCUAGCGAUUACGAAGGAUACUCCUCUUGUGAUGAAUAUUACAGUAAAACUCCCACGAUAACAGUAACUCCUUCAGAAGAAAAUAGCAAAGUUGAAAUUGUAGAACAAGAAAUGGAAGAUGAUAUUAGGGAUGAUGUAUCCGAAGCCACAGUCGUUGAAAGUGAAUAUUGUGAAUCCGUCCAAGAACAAACGGAUUACGAUGAAGAGAAUGAAGGCGAUGUAGAAACCUAUUCAACAGAUGAUUCUUGCUCAGUUUACGCAGAAGAAGAAAACGUUAUACCACAUGUUCUAAGCGUAAUAUUUGAAGAAACAGAACGAUUUUCUAGAGAAUCCAGCGUUGCUACAGAACUUAGCGAGGAAACGCUAGUAGAUUAUGAUGAAGAGCACGAGGAAGUAGUAAGUGUUAAGUUACCAUUAAAAUUAUCUUAUAGUGAAGAUACCAAAGAAAUUACCCAAGUUGAAGUCGAUGACUUUACAGCGGAAUACACACUGAGAAGUCCAUCUAGAACACCGAAAGAGCGAUCACCUUGUAAAUUCGAGGACGAAGAAGAAAAAGAUGAUGAUAUUAGCACUACAAUCACCUUGAAAUUUACGCCCAAAGAGGAGGAAACAAUUAUUGUCAAGCAAGAAGAGAAUGAGGAGGAAGAAAUAGAUUUUUGGAGUCAAAUCAACAACGAUGAUGAUGCUCCCAGAAAUGCAUACAGAACUUCAAAUUAUUCAGCCGAAAGUACUGAUGAUGCACAAAUAAUUAGGGUAGAAGAGGAAAUGGGCGAAUCGCAGCACUUUUCUAAUGAAAAUUGCAGUGAAGUGAUUGAGAAUAAGGAGACCAAUGUUGUCCAAUCCGUGAUUACCAAAGAAAGUGAAGCUGAUGAGGUUGUAAAUACGAAAGUUACAAAAGUUGUUACUAGUUACCAAUGCGAAGAUGAUGAGGAACUUAUUGUUGGUGCUGGUGUUUUGACGUCGACGCAAGAGCGCAAAAUUACGUCUGCUAAAGUUGGAGAUAUUGAGAGUACUUUAGAUGUGAUUAGUAAGACGCACGAGGAUCGCAAGUAUGCUGUGGGGAUUAAAGCGAGCGAAGAUCAAAUUGAGAAAUGCCACGUGGAAGAUUUCAAAAUUUCCAAUUUGGUGUUUGAAAAGGAGCAGCUCAAGCAAACGCUGAAACCUCCUGCAUUUAGUUUAGGUUUGGACGAAUGUUUCAAGAGCAUCGCCAAUAAUCUUAAAUUAGCAUUAGGUGAAUUCCAACCGGUCGAGUAUGUAGAAGAAGCAACAGAGACCAAGACUACGUCCAAAAGGUUUACUACAGCUAAAUGUACUGAGAAUAAGGAAACUAGUGAGAAAGUCGUUAAAGCAAAUAAGGCUUGUGAUAAUGUAGAUGUAGAAGAGGAAAAGAUUAAUAUUGCUGAGGAAAGUAACGUCGAUGAAGACAUGAAUGUUGCUGAAGAGUUUGAAGUUGAUGAGGAAAUUGUUAAUGAAAAUAGUAAUGUUCCGAAUAAUGAAGUUAUAAUUAUUGAAGAACAUGUAAAUGAAGAAAUUGAAGAAGAUGAUGAGGAAGAGGUAAAUACGAGUGAAGAUGAAGAAUCGAGCUCUACUGACUCUAGCGAUAGCAGUCCUAGUAGCAGUCGAAGAUCUUCAUCGGUAGAGGAAAAACCACCUGAGCAAGAUAUGAAUAAUAAUCAGGACUUCUACGUGCCAACUAUAAAGGAGAGGAUAAGGGCUUUGCAGAACGCGAGUAGAAAUUCCGAUAAGAUUAAGAAAGAGAAACCUAACAUUUUAACCACACCUAGGAGGUCCUUGGAAGCUGAUAACAGUGAAGAUGAUUCUGGCGUGACUUCGGAUAUGAGUAGACACAUCUCCGAUACGGAAUGCGAGUUCACUGAGCUUAAGAAAAUGAGCAAAUACCAAAGAGCAGCGACGCAUUCCAGAUUAUUCAAGUUGCUACAAGAGGAGUGCGAGGAUGAGGAUGAAGAGGACGAGAAGGAUUGCAGACGGGAAAAACUGUCGUUACCAUUGAGCGAUUACGAGAGCUUCAGCUCCAGCGGAGUGACAUCUCCAUCGACGCCAAGUGAUAAGCUUGUGAACGAGCUGGUGCAGAGUUUACUAAAGAAGAAGAAAGGCCGGUUAUUCCGAGGCAUUCCCAUUGAGAAGCUGCAAGCAGCGGCGUACAAGAUCCUCAGUGAGGACAAGGAUCUCAGCUCGGAGGAAGUGAGCAAUUAUUUAUCGCAGAACGCGACCGCCGUCCAGACACCGCAAGAGUUCUACAACGAGUACAGCGAGUAUUACAAGUCCUUCGGAGACCCAAAUCCCCAGAAACCCAAACACCAUGCAGAAAAACGAACGACGGCGGCCUCGUGAAGCGAAUUAUACCGGUCGAUGGUCCAAAAUUUUCAAGCAA